UUCCAGCGCCCUCCACUAACACCAAUCCUACCCCUCGACACUCAUUUGUUCGAAGGAGGCUCUCGCAUCUACUGCACUUGUAACUUGUGCAAUAUGCCUUCCCACCAGCCCGCCGCCGGCAUGAUGGCUGUCGACCCUGCCUACGUGUCGCAGCCUUCGCCCAUGGCUUCCAAGGACGAGCCCAACCGUAGCAAGUCCUACGACCCCAAGAAGCCUCACAUCACCGACACGCCUUUGACCAAGGCCAACUGGUAUAAGCACGUCAACUGGCUGAAUGUCUUCCUCAUUGGUGGCAUUCCCCUCAUGGGUCUGAUCCAGGCUUUCUGGACCCCUCUCCGUCUUUACACGGCCAUCUGGGCAAUUGCCUACUACUUCGCAACCGGUCUCGGUAUCACCGCUGGCUACCAUCGUCUCUGGGCCCACACUUCGUACCAGGCCACCACUCCUCUCAAGAUCUUCCUCGCCGCUGUUGGUGGCGGUGCCGUUGAGGGUUCCAUCAGAUGGUGGGCCCGCGACCACCGCGCUCACCACCGUUACACCGACACCGACAAGGACCCUUACUCGGUUCGUAAGGGUCUUCUCUACUCCCAUCUCGGCUGGAUGAUCAUGAAGCAGAACCCCAAGAGAAUCGGCCGUACCGACAUCUCCGACCUCAACGACGAUCCCGUUGUCGUCUGGCAGCACAAGAACUAUCUUAAGGUCGUCUUCGGCAUGGGUCUCAUCUUCCCCACUCUCGUUGCCGGUCUCGGCUGGGGUGACUGGCUCGGUGGCUUCAUCUACGCUGGUAUCCUCCGUAUCUUCUUCGUCCAGCAGGCCACCUUCUGUGUCAACUCCCUUGCCCACUGGCUCGGUGACCAGCCUUUCGAUGACCGUAACUCCCCUCGUGAUCACGUCAUCACUGCCAUCGUCACUCUCGGUGAGGGUUACCACAACUUCCACCACGAGUUCCCCUCCGACUACCGCAACGCUAUCGAAUGGCACCAGUACGACCCUACCAAGUGGUCCAUCUGGACUUGGAAGCAGCUCGGUCUCGCUUACGACCUCAAGCAGUUCCGUUCCAACGAGAUUGAGAAGGGUCGCGUCCAGCAGCUCCAGAAGAAGAUUGACCGCAGGCGUGCUGAGCUCGACUGGGGAACUCCUCUUGAGACCCUCCCUGUCAUGGAGUGGGAUGACUACGUUGAGCAGUGCAAGAACGGUCGUCAACUCAUCUCUGUCGCUGGUAUCGUCCACGACUUGGGCGAGUCUAACUUCGUCAACGACCACCCUGGUGGUAAGGCCAUGAUCCGCUCUGGUAUUGGCAAGGAUGCCACCGCCAUGUUCAACGGUGGUGUCUACUUCCACUCUAACGCUGCCCACAACCUUCUCUCGACCAUGAGAGUCGGUGUCAUCCGUGGUGGUAUGGAGGUCGAGAUCUGGAAGAAGGCUCAGCAGGAGAACAAGGACGCAUACAUCGCCAAGGACUCCAACGGCUCUCGUGUCGUCCGCGCUGGCUUCCAGCCCACCAAGGUCUUCGAGCCUUCCGCCACCGCUGGCGCUGCAUGAAGAGAUACCCCGUCGAGGCCCACUGCUUAGACCAUUUUGUUUACGUCCUUCCCAUUCCUCGCCCUUUCAGCGAUCAUCAUUGUACAUUCGGUAGCAAUUGCGUCUCACCUCCACGGCUUCUAGUUUGAGCUCAUUACGAUCGCUAUAGACGCGUCUUGUUGCACACUUAGAUAUGACUCUACCUAGUAAGCACCUACGCCCGACCAUGGGUCGUCUAUCUUAGAUAGACAUAAUGUCAUUUACGUCUCA